AACAGACAUUUCAAUGAAUAUUCACUCAACUUAAAAAUUUUUCAUUUCGGUACAAAAUAUAUAUAAGAUAUAAAUCAUGGAGUCGAAGACAGCGAAAUCUCCAAGCAUCACACAGGUAGAUAUCCUGCUGACUGGAUCCAGAUAUGUUGGACCCUGUGAUGAGUUGGGCUUGCAGGAAAUGGGUGUCUACAUCUAUCCGGAUGGCACACGCUACACAGGAGAGUUCCUUAACAAUCGCUUCCACGGAAAGGGCACUAUUCAAACACCGGAUUCUUCGGGCGUUACCUUCCAAGUUACCCAUCACAAUGGCACACUGGUCUCGAUCGAUCAGUUGAACUUCAAUGAUGGUCUGCCCAUGGACUUUGUUAUGAAGGAUCAUUAUACAAUGAGUUUCAAGUCCUGGUCGUACUGCACCUCGGAGGAUCGCCGAUUCCACCAGGAGACCAAGGGACCGAUUGAUGCUGUCGGUCCAAAUAAGUUCCAGUCCAAGGACGGACCGAAUCCCCUCAACCUGGGUCGCAACAUCUUCGAUCUGGGCUUUGGUCUGCUGGGCAAUCGUGGCUUUAUGUUGGACACAAAGGCGUUUAACAACCAGAGUAUAUAUCUGGGGUGUCGGGAGGCCCGUCGCUGGAUCCGGGAGAACUGUGCCCAUGGACCGCUGAGCAAGCGACACCUCAAGCAGAAGGUAUUGGCCCGUUUUGCCCGUGAGAUCAUUCGGAACAAUCAGGAGAAUGCAGGCUGCAGUCGGAAGGAGUUCAUGACCGAAAUCCACCCAUGUCAGCGGCCCACUAGCUUGGAGAGCUUUGGUUCGGAGCGUCUCCAUCUGGGUAGCACCACGGACUCCAGCUCCUCGGAGGUUCAGGCCAUGAGAUUGCUUCCUAAGGACUUCCAUGCCAAGUGGACAAGAGAGAGGAGCAAGAGCGGCGUGUGCCGCAUCAACUGAUUGUUUGUUUCAUCGAAUUUUCGUUACUUUCGCUUCCACUUUUCAUGUGGCCUUAAAUUAAUAUAUUGUAAAUCGUUGGUUGACCCACAUUCUGUGACCAACGCCUCGA